AUGAUGGCGGAUCCCCAGUCUCCUUCACAUCUUACACAGCAAUUUCAUGCUGAGACUGCCCCUCCUCACUUUCAGCAACCCUCCCACGAAGCGCUCCAGCCCAACUCUAUCCCACCCACGCCGGAUGAAGGCAUAGAUGCGGGUCCCUGCCCCGACAUAGCGGUUCCCAACGACAUCUCUUCGUUUCUCGACGCUUCUCUGCCGCAGCCUUUCCCGCAGCCUUCCGCCUUACCCCAGCCUCUUAGGACUCCCACCAUCGAGGACCGGCCACAUCUUGAUCUGACCCUCAACCUUCCUCAAACUAACUUCUCGCUUCCCGCGUCCACGGUCCUUAGAAGUACGCACAAUCUGCGUCUACCCUCGUUUGAUGUACUAGGCAUUGCUGCACCCCACCCUGAUCGUAUCCCAACUCAAGCACAUCAGUCUUUUUCUCCACUAGGCGCUGGACCUCUCUCGAAGCCAGAGGACCCUCUCCAUGCACUCAGCCCACCACUCGACUUCUUCAGUCACGCCAACGGGGCCAGCCAUACCCCCGUUACCAGUCCCAAGGCAGCUAGAGCCCGCGUCGGACAUCUUGUGUCAACUCACACGCCUCCCUCGGAUACGGAGCCGGGGACGAUCAGUUGGGGAUCCUUUGUGAACGUAGGGACGGCUGGUCUGGGUUCACCUCCUAAUUCUGAGCCAGGUGUGUCGCCAAACCUACACAGCACUGCCACUUCGACUGCUCCUCCCCAAGCCCCCAUCGUUGUACCGACUCACGACGAGUUUCACGACGAGUUCAGCGACGCGCUUAGAAUGGCAGCGUGGAUAGAGGAGGCCAAACGCACCAUCAUAACUGAAUCUGGAUGCCUGGACUUGGAUUCAGUCAAGAUACUAUCCCAUGCGCUUCCUUGCCCCUCGACAUCAGGCCAUAUUUUUGGUCAGAUUAUUGCUUCGAUCCAUGACAGAUCGUCAACGCAAACUUCAUGGAUCAAUGUAUUCCAUGCGCUUCCUGGCCGCUACACGCUGAUGGACCUGCCCAAGUCUCCACCAUCCACCCCUGGUCCUGCCGUGGGAGGGGAUUCAUACUUUACCAGCAAAGUUUUCGACAGUGCAGUGGCCAUUCCUGAUUACCAACUCGAUUCAAAACUCCUUCCUCCAUCGCCUCGGCCCGUUGUGCCACCUGGAAGCAUUAAUGUCUCUAUCGUAGAGCGAUACAUCCCGCCUACGAACACGAACGAGUUCUCUGAGAUGUUCACGUUUCGGGGCAGAUCCUUGUUGUACGACCGCCUGAUUGAGCUGUCUAGUAACGAUGGUGUCCUUCUCUUCAUCUACCCGACUAAAACAGGCGCGAGGACAUUCAUGCAGCAAUACCUUGGACCCAUUCUCGACCCGCUUCUACGAACCGUAACGGUGGUCCAUGAUCUUCACUCUGAGCUAGGCAGGAGUCUAGGUCAAAUGAGUUCAGUCAAUUAUCUGGAUGAAUACGACCACCUAGAAGCGCAAGUCCGCAAAUAUUGCGAAGCAAUGGUUGAAAGACAUGCAAACCCCGACAAAAGGGCGAACUACGAGGUCAUACAUGCGGCGAAAGAGGAGAUCCUGUUGCAACGGUCGGCAUGGGCGGACGAUUGGUGGAUCAAGCAGGAGAAGCCUCGUGUACGGGACGUUAUUACCAGGUAUUUCAGCAAGUCGAAGAAGCUCCCAAGCUCCGAGAUGAGUGCAGCGACUCUGAUCCAGGCUGUUCUGGAGGGAGUAUCGGAGCGAGACUACCACGACGGUGAGCCCAGCAAAGGCGUAGAAAUCAAAACCCCCCAAUCCGCCCUACUCUCUAACCAUGAAGUCCUCCUGCAUCUGCGGCAAGAAGACGCAGAAUACACAGGCGCCGAUGGGACGGAUCGAAAACGCAAGAAGCCGUCUGGUCUCAACCACAUGUUGCGAGAUGGGCUUGCUUAUCUGCAAACCCCAGAUUACACGACUUCAUCACUCGCUGACCAACAUCCCGACCGACCCAUGACGCUGUACCGAGGACCAAACAGCCUGUUCCGCGCGCUGGCGCCCAAGUACCGGUUGAACAAGGCAGAGUAUCUCCAGUUGUAUAACUUGAGGCCUACUACGCAAGUCAUGCUAGAGUUGGUCAUUGAGGAGGCGGGUACGCGUUUUACUGAAGACGAACUACAUGACAUUCUAGCCAUUACUCAACAGGUCUUCGAUGAGGAAGAAGGCAAUAUUCCCGCUGGAGUCGAGAACAUGGAGAUGCCGAAGAUUGCCAACAAGCUGCUGGGUGCCAACAAGAAGAGGAGAAAGGCUAAGAGAAAGGCUUGA